GUCGGCUUGAGAAAUGUUCGUGGGGAAGCACGAACAUGUGAUCUUGUGCAACAACACCAAAGUCUCACCAAUACAACUUUGAUCUUUAGGCCAAUAUUAGGAAAAGAUCGUGUUUACCACACCUUCUAAUCUUUCCGACACAAUCUCUCAUCUAAACACUUCCUUAAGUACUUGCCCAUCUUUUCUCUUUUCUUAGUAUCGAUCCCUACUCAAACCAUAAACCCACCCAACCAUGACUCUUUUCACCGUUUCGUGCCUCCUCGUGGUACUAUUCUUAUGUCAUUCCUUGGUCCAUGCCGAAAAUAAUGGUUAUUACGGGUAUACCCCCACGGUUGCCAACUACCUCCCCGAGAAACCGCAGAACAUCAUGAAUCCGGUGGACUCCUGUUGGCGGCUCAAGUCUGACUGGGCUGCCAAUCGUAAAGACCUAGCGGAUUGCGUGGUUGGAUUCGGUUCAUCUACCUUGGGCGGAAAGAAAGGUAAUUUAUACGUUGUCACAAACCCUUACGACAAUGCACAGAAUCCUCAACCAGGUUCUUUGCGGUACGGCGUGAUCCAAGCCAAACCAUUGUGGAUCACUUUCGCUAAGGAUAUGGUCAUAACCCUAGAAAAUGAGCUCAUGGUCAAUAGCUAUAAAACCAUUGAUGGGAGAGGGGCAAAAGUAGAAAUCGCAUACGGACCAUGCAUCACGAUACAAGACGUGACGAACGUAAUCGUGCACGGGAUCAGCAUCCACGACUGCAAACCGGGGAAGUACGGUAUGGUGAGGAGUAGCCCGACGCAUGUUGGUCACCGUAAGGGAUCGGACGGUGAUGCGAUCGCUAUUUUCGGUUCAUCGAAUAUUUGGAUCGAUCAUUGUUACCUAGCGAGUUGUACGGACGGGCUCAUCGAUGUGAUCCAUGCUUCCACGGGAAUCACUAUUUCCAACAACUAUUUCACUCAGCAUGACAAAGUGAUGUUACUUGGGCACAACGAUGAUUUUGUGCAAGAUGUGAAAAUGAAAGUGACCGUGGCAUUCAAUCAUUUUGGACCAGGACUUGUGGAGAGAAUGCCAAGAGUAAGACGAGGGUACGCUCAUGUGGCAAACAAUAGAUACGAUAAAUGGAUAAUGUAUGCAAUUGGUGGUAGCGCCGAUCCAACCAUUUUUAGUGAAGGCAACUAUUUCAUUGCUUCUGAUAAAUCUAACAGCAAAGAGGUGACGAAGAGAGAAGUAAAAGGAGGAUGGAACAAUUGGAGAUGGAGAACCUCAAAAGAUGUUUUCAAGAACGGAGCUUACUUCGUACCUUCUGGUUAUGGCAGCAUUUCGCUACCUUACAGUUCUGCUCAGCGAUUCACAGUAGCUCCGGGAAACUUGGUUCCUUCUUUAACUGCAGACGCUGGCCCUCUAAACUGCAACCGCAACGGCCCUUGUUAUUAGUAUUCAUACUCUUUUCACGAGAUGCAUCUAAUUUCUGGUAUAGCACGUUAAUUUUCUUUUUUUACUUAGUUGAACUAUAUAUGUUUUGGUCUGGACUUGCUACAUGUAGCACUGGUUAUGAAAGAUGAGAAACGUCAAGAGUUUGUAAGAAAAGAAUGAAAAUUUUAUUUAUUUUGUGU